AGGAGCGGCUUUAUUUCUGGGAACUGUGUGUCUGUGCACCCCCUCUUCCCCACGAUUGGAACAUUCCCAUUGUCCCGCGGGGUUCCAUGCAGGCUCCGCGUUCUAUCCGGGAUUCCUCAGGUAGCUGCGAUUGAGCAGCGGUCCCAACCAGGAGAAAGAUGUCAAAAUUGAUUACAGAUAUCUUUAAUACUCAGAGUGAUGAUGAAGAAUUUCUGGGUUUUCCAGAGGAAGAUUUUAGGAACAGAGAUGGCCAUCUUAAUUAUAUACCAAAAUUAAUAGCCGACAUCUUUGAUGCACCAAGUGAUGAUGAGUUUUUGGGCUUUCAAGAUUUUGAAUGUAACACACCACAUGAUCAUGCAGAUGACAGCCUAAACCAGCAUAUUAAUAAUUUCCAGUCCAAAUUUAUUACAGAAGAGCUUAUUGAGAUUUUCACGGUGGAUAGAUGGUCGACUGAUUAUGUUUUUGAAGGUUUCCCUGAACAUAUUCAUGAACCUGAUGACAAAGAGGAUUUAAGGUCUGAGAGUUUGGAAAUGGAGGAUGAAGAUGAGGGUUUCACUGAAUAUGAUGAUGAUGAAUCGUCCAUAGAGAGUGAGAUGGAGACAAUGCCAAAGAAAGGGCAUUUUGGACUGCGUGUGGCAUUUAAGUUCCCUACAAGACGGCCAGUGAAAAGAAAGCAGCGAGACAUCCAGGAAUCUGAGGAGUCUGAAUCAGAUGAUGACUCGGCACCUGGAAAGAAAAACUCUAAUGUAUUGCUAAAGAGGGCCAUGAACAUCAAAGAAAAUAAAGAAAUGCUUGCUAAACUCAUGGCAGAAUUAAAAACAAUGCCUGGACUCUUUCCAGUGAAAGUGUGUACUACUUCAUCACCAAAACAAAAACGAACUCCAAAGAGAACAUUUUCUGAAGGCAAGGUUGAGCGCCGUGUUAAUCCAAGCAGAAGUGCGCGUCCCCCUGAAGGUUUCUCUGUAGAAAAAUUUGCAAUUUCUCCAACCAAACUUAUGAGUCAAGUGAAAAAAUUCCACUUGAGAACUGAUCUCACAAAUCGUUUUGUUGAGGAUGGAAGUCUGACCAAGAGGAGGCGAAGAUCUUCAAAAGGCACGCCAAGACCUGUUGAUGAUAUCACCGAAGAGGAUUUGGAAAAUGUUGCCAUUACGGUUAAAGAUAAAAUUUAUGAUCGUUGUUUGGGCAGCACUUGCCAUCAGUGCCGGCAGAAAACAAUCGAUACAAAAACAGUAUGCCGUAAUCAAGAUUGCUAUGGUGUGAGGGGACAAUUCUGUGGGCCUUGUCUGCGUAAUCGAUAUGGUGAAAAUGUGAGAUCAGCCCUUCUAAACCCUGAUUGGGUAUGUCCCCCUUGCAGAGGUAUCUGUAACUGUAGCUUCUGUCGUCGUCGGGAUGGACGCUGUGCCACUGGCAUUCUUGUUCAUUUGGCAAAAUUUUAUGGAUAUGACAAUGUUCAAGCCUAUUUGGAAAGCUUACAGAAGCAACUAACUGAAGAUUGAGGGAGCAACUAGUUUCUGUAAACGCAUGAAAGAAAAAGCUUGCAGCUGUUUUUAGUAAAUUGACUUUAUUUUUUUUAUGAAACCUGUAUAAAAAGCACACUUUAUUUUAAUAUUACAACUACUGGUAAUUUACCAGAAUUUGAAAAUAAUUAGCAGAAAUAGUGUAAAUGCCAUCUGAAGAAUUUGAAUUGUAGAGUUUUUUUGAAGCUUUGUAAUAGUUUUGACAAGUUUCUUGUUUUCAGGUGUUUGUACAAAUCCUGUGUUUAAGAAUCUAUCAUAUGAAUAGAUAAUUAUUGCAAUGUCAGGGACCAUGGAUGAUUGCAAGUAUUUGUUUUAUUGAUAUUCAAAAAUAAUGUUUUGUUUACAUGACUACAUGAACAAAGAGAUGUAGUGCUAUUGUGUAUUAGCCUAUAGCAGUGCAGAUGCAACACUAUCUCAUGUUGCAUGCAACAUAAAUCCGAAGAUGGGUCAAGCAAACUGGAAAUUGUGUUGAUGAAUGGCUUUACAUGUAAUUUUUGGUAAUUCUUCAUUACAGUUAAAUCUUGAAUCCUUUGGAAGCGUUAGUGUUUUUAUUUUAAAAUGCAGCAUGGAAGUUGGGAUUUGCAUUUUAUGCAAGAAAAUGACAAUGUGUAUAAUCUUUUACUUUGAUUAAAAAUAUUCAAAUAAA